AAUUGUGUACCUGUGAGAAAUGUAAUACAGUUUACUGGGCAAAUAUGCCAUCGGGUGCUAACUUAUGUUUCACUGUAUUUUUUACAGAUGUACCCUCUGCUAUUCAUAAUUCUGGCUGGGCCAAAUAGCGUUCACGUUGUUACAUCUUAUUCUAAUGGCAAAGUUGAAUCUGCCUGUGAAUCUAUGACUCCCGAUCAUUCUUCUUUUAAACCGCAAAAUACGGCCACUCCAUAUAUAAUCAGCACGGCAAACAUCAAUCCGCCUAGCCUGGAUGAAAUCAUAGUGAUCCUCAGUGCCACUUCUAUACCUUUCAGAGGAUUUUUGUUAGAGGCUGAAGACAGUCAAGGCCGUAGACCUGUCGGCACUUUCACUCUGAUUGAUUCCUCACGGACUCAGCUUCUAAGUUGCAGUGGAAAUACUGCUUCAGCAGUAAGCCACACUAAGAAUGACGACAAGAAUGAAAUCAGAGUCAAAUGGAAAAGGCCAGAGGAUGGAAACUAUACAUUCAGAGCCGCAUUUGUUCAGCGAUUUAAUAUGUUCUGGGUUGAUGAGCUCCGUGAUCCUAUAGCUACCACCUCUCAAACUACCAUUACAACAACUGCAGCUUCUACCAUGGCCAGCACUGCAACAUCAAAACCUCCAGCCACCACUUCGACCACUUCUGUUAUUAAAACAUCAGCUUCUACCACGACUGAGAGCACUAUAACAUCAAAACCUCCAGCCACCACUUCGACCACUUCUGUUAUUAAAACAACUGCUUCUACCACAACUGACAGCACUAUAACAUCAAAACCUCCAGCCACCACUUUGACCACUUCUGUUCAUAAUCCUUCAGAGUCUACCAUGAAUGUCAGUACUGUAAGUUCAAAACCUCCAGCCACCACUUUUACCACUUCCAUGAAUACAUCAGCUUCUACCAUGACUGGCAGCAUUGUAACGUCAAACCCUUCAGCCACCACUCCAGCGUCUUCUGUUUGUAAUACAUCAGCUUCUACCUUGUCUGCCAGCACUUUCAGCACAACAACAGAGAUUGUGAAUGUAGCAACCCCACUGAUUUAUGGCAGUCUAGCCAAAAAUGCAGACUCAUCCCACAGUGGGCUUUGGUUUAAGGUUCAUGUGCUUCUGAUGUCACUUUUUUCCAUUGGGAAUAUCAUAGCAUUUAUUUUCGUGUUUGUAGAAGGCUGGAGAACGGAGGCGCAUCCUGUACUGGUCUGUGUAGUAACAGCCCUGACCUUUGUCCAGAUUGUUGUCACCUUUUUCCGCUGUGGACAGAGUCAUGAACUGAGGUUCAUUUUCAAUUGGUUUCACAGACUGAAUGCCUUUGCAAUUGUAUGUCUUACAGUGGCUGCUGUAUUUACUGGUCUGGCUUCCAUUGAAGUCUGCUCGACCCACCUCCUUCAGAAACUGAUGGGAGGUUUGGUUGCCUGGGGUCUCCUGUUUUACAUAUUACAACUUUCACUGUCCUGGUCAAGAACGACAGAGAAUGACUGUUCAGGCAAAACGACAAAUGUACUCACCGUACUCCAGAUUGCAAUGCUGGUUGUUUUCUCCCUGGGCAAUGCAGCACUUUUGGUGGCCCUUCUUAUAAACAUUUUUGCAUCAUAAAAAACCUACACCCAGAGGAAUCAAUAGUUCAGUUAUGUGCAGUUUUGUGCUUUAUGAGUGUACAUUUUAGAAUUUCCUUUGUACCAUCACUUGAUUCAUGCAAAACAUUUACCUGCUACAGUUAUGUAUUAGUUAUAUAUGUGCAUUUGAAUGGGAAAUAUUUAAUAUUAAGACAAGGCAUGCUGUUCAGCUUCAACAAGAUUUGUAUAAGUGUAACCAGUUCCUGUAAACAAGUGGACUUGUUUGGACAUAUUUAAAGCACCAGUAAAAUCAUUUUCUAUGAAAAUACAUAAUCACUUCCUCUUUCCAGAUACAUAUCAAUA